AUGUUAGGCUCACUUCAGUCCAAUUUUUAUUUAGGAGAUGAAGCGCAAGCCCAGUUUGCGCAUGGUUUUGGUGGCACUGGUGGUCUUGUUAUUACAAAUCCAUCACAAGCCGCUUUCAUCCAAUUCCUUAACAUCACACUUGGCCCAUCCUUGAGCAACCACUCAGAAACUAUGUUAGACAAUGUGUGGAGUUUCGCUGUUGCCGUAAUCUUCUUGGGAGCUUUAGCAGGAUCGUUCUCGAUCCGAACGAUAGCUGACAAAGUGGGAAGGAAAAGGGGACUUUAUGUUCCUAUGACCAUUGCAAUAUUUUCUGCAGCAUUAUCCGCUGUUUCGAAGUUUUUACUGUUUUUCGUACAUGGUGCUCAUUAUGUAGGACUGCUGCCUGCUGCUUUGAUUGAAAUCAUUACAGAAGUUGGGAAAAGUAUUGGCCCUGUGAAAAGUGUUACAGCAGCAUAA